AGCAGGGAGUGGGCCGUGAAGAAACACAGCAGAAAUUAGGAGAGGAUAUGCCCCUAGUCUCUGCACCUUUGGACAUUUGACGUUCGCCCCAACCUCACGGUGACUAUGUCCAGCUCAAAGUGCCAGUCAUUCAGCAGUUGUACCAUUGGGACUGUGGCUUGGCCUGCUCCAGGAUGGUACUACAGUACCUGGAUCAUCUGGAUGACGAGGAUUUUGAGAGAGCCUUGCAGGAGCUGCAGUUGACAAAGAGUAUAUGGACCAUCGACCUGGCCUACCUCAUGCGGCACUUCGGGGUGAAGCACCGGUUCUGCACGCAGACGCUCGGAGUGGACAAGGGCUACAAGAACCAGUCAUUCUAUAGGAAACACUUCGACACUGAAGAAAACCGGGUGAACCAGCUGUUUGCACAAGCAAAAUCCUGCAAGGUGCUGGUGGAGAAGUGCACUGUCACCAUCCAGGAUAUCCAGGAGCACCUCUCCCAAGGUCACCUAGCCAUCGUCCUGGUGAACGCCGUCCUGCUGUUGUGUGACCUGUGCUCCAGCCCCGUCAAAUACUGCUGCUUCCUCCCCAUCGGCCAGAAGUGCUUCUGCCGGAAUCCCGACUACCAAGGCCAUUUCAUCGUGUUGUGCGGCUACAACAAAGCCUCAGGGAGCAUCUUCUAUAACAACCCUGCCUAUGCCGACAGAAUGUGUAGCACCAGUGUCACUAAUUUUGAGGAAGCCAGGACCAGCUACGGCACAGACGAGGACAUCCUCUUUGUCUACACAGACAGCUGACAGCCAAGCCCGAUCGGUGCUUCCAGUCACUUGGGACCUCAGCCUGCCAGCAGGGCCCGGGGGGCUACUCGUCUCAGGACUUCUCCGGCGGGAGCUGCGGGAGAUACCGACUGCAGGGGGAUUUUACACAAGGGACGCUUUAUUUUACUAGAAAUUAAAGCGCUUAGCACAAGGGCGUGCCCACGGUAAGAGCUCGCUAGGUACCGUUGACGGACUGACAGUCAUAGAAGCUGCAGUGCCGUCUACGAUCCUUUCCUUCUGACUAGAUAGCUCCCGCGGCAGUACGGCUACCCGGCUUUAAAAGCGCACUGCCGUUCGAAAGGACAGUCGGUUGUUGGAGUGCGCUGUCUCCCUCCGUCCGGUAUGACGCCACUUCUGCAAAGGGUCCCGAACCCAAAUGAGCACACGAACUUCUGGCGUUGCCAGAGAGCUUGGCCCGGAUUGAAUUAAGGGAAAGGGAAACUUCCCCAAGGCUGAUCUCGGCGACAGGUCUCGGGAUACGCGUUUCAACGAGAGACGUCCUGAAGACCUGAAGCUUUUUUUUUUUUUGUUUUCGAAGGAAAAUGUUGGAUCGGCGGCUGCUUAUGUAACUGAUUCACCCAGCGGCAGGUGCCACAAAGCCUUCAGUGCGCAAUGCCUUCUACCCCACAGCACCGUCCCCUGGGUCGACUCACCUGUACUGGCCACAUCAGGCCAACGUGGCUGCUGGAGCUGGAAGCACCAUUGGAUGUCAUCAUAUAGCAAGGAAAUAAGCUUGCGCUCCUUUUCGCUGGAAGGGCUAUAGGAUCCUUUCCCCCCACCCACCCCUGAAUGUUCAAGCGCUUGCCUCAUCUUUCUCAUCCAGUGGCCUUGAAUUUGACUUUUUAAGAAAGAGCAAGAGGGGGAAGUCCCAACAGGAGGAGAGGCUGGCGCUCAGGAACUCUGGCUCGCUGAGGUGAGAGACAGCGGCCGCCACUCCUGCCCUUCCCAAAGCCUUGGGAUUUUCCUUCUGUCGGAAGCCAAAAUUUGAUCCGUGGAUGCCAACGGGGCAAAAAUUGGGCCCCUGGUGUGCUAAUGAGGUGGCAUUACAGGAUUUGCCAGGUCUCUGUGCCUCACAAAUAGGGCAAGUUUAUGUCUAAGCUGUGGGGAAGAAACACUUUAAACUCUAGGUCUUAACUGCCUUAGCAUGGAAGGCAACUGUCAAAACAACACGCUUGCCGAACUGUGACUUAGGCGUAUUCUUAGACUUUGAUCUACACAGAACGAGGACGUAAAUCCCAUAAAGACACCUGAGACAGCCUACCCUUCUGAGCAACCCCAAAUUAAAGGCAAUAAUAGCCCAGGGAAGUCAUGCUUUUAAGAUUCAGGUAGAAUGCUGAUGCUACGGUCACACUUCUUUCCAAAAUUCUCAUUUUGGAUGAUUUUUCACUUCCACGUGUCAUUUAGUUCUGCAGUUAGGCUUUUGCAGGGUCGGGGAAGAAAUUAGUUACUGAACAUUGACAAGGUUCUCAAAGGCACGGCAACAAGAACUUUAAGCCUGAAACUGCCUCUUCGAGCUAUGGAGUAGGAUUUCUAAACCAGCAAUACCGCUGGGUGCUGUUCUAUCUGAGGCACUGCGGUUGGAGGAGUCCCCAAAUGGGAACAUUUUUGGUUUACAGCUGUGCUGAAAAAGAAAUCAGGCAAACCACACUCCAGCAUCUAGAGGGGCAAAAAAAUGGCAGAAGUGAUUGGGGCAAUGCAAGGUCACCGCAAAAACAUUUUCAAAUGAUCUCAUCCGUGUCUUGGAGGUAGGACGUGGGUUUCUGAGGUCCGAAGAGUGGCGGGAGCUGAGCUGAAGGGGAAUCGCCUUGCUUAAGGGCAUUUCCUCCCUUCAGACAUGGCACAGACAGAGCCAGAAGAACAGGCUGGAUGGAUUGAGUCCCUCUUGGGACAGAUGGGACUGCCCAACGUUGGAGCGGAGGAUAGGCAAUUGGAUCGACAGAGUUUUAAUACCAAAAAUAGCGACAUGUGGAAUUAUUUUCAUUCAACCCCAGAAACAGCAUUGGCCUCCAGGGAGAUCUUCUGUAGAAUCAUCAUCUUAUUAGCUGUAGCUACUAUGGGGCUUCGAAUCCUGUUGUUAAUCCAGUGCGGAUGCCUCCCUCUCACUGAGGCUGGGUUGCCAAAAGAUCUCUUGGGAAACAUUCUAAAGUAGGUGAUAGAGUGUGUAAGUCAAAAAAAGGCUGCUUUUUGCUCAAAUCCUAACGAAAGCAGUUGUUGCAAAGGGAUUAGAAGACCCAAACUAGAGUAAGACUGGAAUUCAGGAAGAGGAAGUCCCGGUUAAAAGGGAAACCAGGGCCGAUAAGACUAUCCGGGUACAGUGGGAUUAUGCUUUGAGACUACUUGUGAGUGGGGCAGCCUGCUGGCAUUGUAGGAGGCUUAAGCAUUUUACAAUGUUAAAAUCAUCUAAAUAGGAAAAGCAGGGUCAGCCUUCAUGUCUCAGAGUGGGAUAAUCCAUCCCAAGAAGAAGCCUCUUCUGGAAUGAGAAACGUUAACAAGCACAUGGAGAUUGAUUCUGAUUAAGGUAGGAGGAAAGGGGUCAGAAAUAUGCCAUUUUUGUUGAGCCGGCAGGUAAGUCAAGAACAUUGAAAAUCUCUUCAUCACUAUCUUCCACUUAGCAUUUGAAAUCAUUAUUUCAGAAAACAAUCACUAUUCACCAUCUGUCCAAGUGCAAAACAUACGGGAAUGUUUCUAAAGCUUUGUAAAGUACUUGGUUUUAGUCACUCUGUCCAUAGGAAAGAAAGGGAUAUUUUACACAGAGAAAUUUUAUACAUAAAUAUAUUUUGUUUGUAAUGAACCACUCUCAAUAAACAUCAUUGUUAUCUCUAG